CUAUUCGUGUGCUUGGGUCUUUUUGCAGAAGGGGUUUUGUUGGGAGGAUAUUGUUAUGUCUAUAAUAGUGUCUAGGAGAAGACGUGAUUUCUCAUUGCUCUUCAGCAGAAAAUGAGUUGGCUUAAAGGAGUCCUAGCAAGCUAGACCCAGCGAGCAAAGCCUGCCGGCUCUGUUUGUUAUGCAGAAAGCACCGACAGACAAUGAAAAUAACACGCCGCCGAUACUAGGCAGUAGUAGGGAAGCUGUUCUCUAUUACCCCCCCCCCCCCACCUCCCCAGCCGAAGGAGAGUGUGUGUGAGCGAAUUUGUGUGUGCAUGUGCGCGCGCUCGCGCGCGCGUGUGUGCGUGCGUGUGUGUGUGUGUUACUACUGUCUGUCUGUGCUUCAGCAUGUAGUGUUUCUCACAAGGCUGUGCAGUUUAAAAUAAAUCCAACAGGGGCCGUGUUUGCUGAGCUGAUUUGACCCGUUGAUAGAGAUAGUGGUAGUCCAGCUUCCAGGGGUGGAGUGGACGCCAAGGGAGGGGAGGGGAGAGACGGGGGCGGGAAGGGAGAGUGUUUGGGUUUGUGUUGGGUCGAGGGAGAAAGAGGUAAAAGGGGGGAGAGUAGAAGGAUGAAUGAUUAUUUUAAGUGUCAUAAUUAAGUUUAGAAGCUGCCACAAAAAAGAAGAGGACUGAUCGCUUUGAGCCGCACUACAAAGGGGUUUGGCAAACUUGGGGAGGCGGUGGAGGGUGAGAAGCGGGCGGGAGUGCAGAAGAGCAGAGAUUCACCGGGAUCACUGUGCUUUCUUUACUAGAUUCAGAGUAGAAAGUAUAUUAUUACUUAAAACCAGAUUCCCUUAAUCUUCUGGGUUAUUUUUUAAAUCUCUUUUCCUCUAGCUCAAAUCUUUGUUCCUAAAGUGAAAGGCAACUUCUAGGAGGAGAGAGAAGAUAAAAAGAGGGAGAGAGUGAAAAAAAAAAAGGGGGGGGAAGGGGAGAGUAAAAAGGGGGAGGGAGAAAGAGGAGAUAAAAAGAAAGGCGAGCAAGCGCCCCCCACCCCCAGCUUUGGUGUUGAAAUGGUAAACCCAACUAAGGAGGGUCGCUGGGAAAGUGGACAUUACGGCUUUAAUUAACUUCAAGAUGAUCUGGCGAGCAGGACCUGGCGUAGUGGUGACGCGCCCCCAUAAAUCUGUCCAGUACAGUGUGUUGCAUUGAACUAUUACAGUAGCCUCGUCAUACUGAAUAUUCACCACCUAUCCCGGAGCAGAUUUGCAUAAUUGGAUCUUUUUUUUUUCUUCCUCCUCCUUCCUCCAUGAAACUUGUUUGCAAACCCAAGUGAAAAUCGCGACGAUCUGCAUGAUUUAAAACGGUUCAAACAUAUUCCAAAGUCUUAUUUUUACAGUUCCUGACCAUCAGUCUCUACCCUACAUCUUUAAGAAAUUCCCUCAAUCAAGAGUGAGGCCCGCUGCUUUAAGGAAAACCUGGGAACUGGGACGCACCUCUGGCAAUCUGUCAGUGCCUAGAUCAGCUGCAUCCUCUCAGGAGGGACUCUCUCUCGAGGCUGACGGUCCUUAAGACAAGUAUGCAGCUAAGUUGCUAAGGGAUGGAGGAAGCUAGUUUGUGCCUUGGAGUUUCUUCAGCUGUCCCAGAGGCUGAGGCCCAUCUUAACAGCACGAUCCUUAAUGGUCAGUAUUCAAUGAGCCAGAAGCUGCACCAGAUAACAUCUCAGCUCAGUCAUGCUUUCCCAGAGCUCCAGACAAGGCCUAACUCUGAAGAGAAGGUCUCCACACCCCUAGAGGAAAAGAGUCACGUGUCCAUGGGAGGCCAGCCAAUUGGCAACCAGAUGGCCCUUUUGGCCAAUCAGCUUAACCGUGAUGUUGACACCAGCCUGAACGGAAGGGUGGAUUUGCAGCAGUUCCUGAAUGGCCAGAACCUCGGCAUCAUGUCCCAGAUGAGUGACAUCGAGGACGACGCAAGGAAGAAUCGGAAAUACCCCUGCCCCCUGUGUGGGAAGCGAUUCCGGUUCAAUAGUAUCCUUUCCCUCCACAUGCGCACACACACGGGUGAGAAGCCCUUCAAGUGUCCCUACUGUGACCACCGGGCAGCCCAAAAGGGGAACCUGAAGAUACACCUGAGGACCCAUAAGCUUGGAAACCUGGGCAAAGGCCGUGGGAGAGUCCGGGAGGAGAAUCGACUGCUUCAUGAACUUGAGGAAAGAGCUAUCCUGAGGGACAAACAGAUGAAGAGCAGUCUCCUUCAGCCUCGACCUGAUGUGAAGCCUCUGCCACACUCCCAGCAGCCCCCUCUGGCCAAUUGUAACUUGGCUUUGCCUGUAAACCACAGCGUCCCUGAUAUCUCCAAUCCGGUGCCGUCGCCAAAGCCAGCCAACGUCCAAGAAGACAUGGUGGUUCCCACGGCGGGUUUCCGUUGCACAUUUUGUAAGGGGAAGUUCAAGAAACGUGAAGAAUUGGAUCGUCACAUCCGGAUCCUUCACAAGCCCUACAAGUGCACCCUGUGCGACUUUGCAGCCUCCCAAGAGGAGGAACUGAUCAGCCAUGUGGAGAAGGCUCAUAUUACUGCCGAAUCUGCCCAAGGCCAGGGCUCCAAUGGAAGUGGAGAGCAGUCGGCCAAUGAAUUCCGUUGUGAAGUGUGUGGCCAGGUGUUCAGUCAGGCAUGGUUUCUCAAGGGCCACAUGAGAAAGCACAAGGAUUCUUUCGAGCACUGUUGUCAGAUCUGUGGGAGGCGCUUCAAGGAACCCUGGUUCCUUAAGAACCACAUGAAGGUUCACCUCAACAAGCUUUCUGUCAAGAACAAGUCUCCUAAUGACCCCGAGGUCCCUGUUCCCAUGGGAGGUAUGUCCCAGGAGGCCCAUGCCAACCUGUACUCUCGAUAUCUCUCCUGUUUGCAGAGUGGUUUCAUGCCUCCAGACAAGUCUAGCCUGAGUGAACCUAAUCAACUCUACAGCAAGGGAGACUUGCCUAUGAAGGAGAAGGAGGUUCUGGGGAAGCUGCUGUCUCCCAUCUCAGGCAUGGGCCACAGCCUUGGUGAAGGGGACAAACAUUCCCUCUUGGGUUGCCUCAACCUGGUGCCGCCACUAAAGUCCAGCUGCAUAGAACGGUUGCAGGCAGCUGCCAAAGCAGCGGAGAUGGACCCAGUGAAUAGCUAUCAGGCCUGGCAGCUCAUGGCAAGAGGGAUGGCCAUGGAACAUGGCUUCUUGUCUAAAGAGCAGCAGAUACAGCGCAACCAUGAAGACACUUUGGCAAACGCUGGAGUUCUAUUUGAUAAGGAGAAGCGGGAGUAUGUGUUAGUAGGAACAGAUGGCUCCAAGCAGAAAAUGCCUGCUGAUUUGGUUCACAGCACUAAAAUGGGCAAUCAAAGAGACCUGCCAAAUAAACUAGACCCUUUAGAAGGCAGUAGAGAUUUUUUGUCACAUGGUCUCAACCAGGGACUUGAUUACAACAUGCAAAGUCAUGGAAACAUGAAGGAGAAGCCCACUGAGUGCCCAGACUGUGGCCGAGUGUUCCGAACCUACCACCAAGUUGUCGUCCAUUCCCGAGUCCACAAACGGGACAGGAAAGCUGAAGAAGAGGUCCUCCAAGGGUGCCUGGAGGAGAGAAGGGGUUCUGGCAGUGACCAGGAAUCACAGUCAGUGAGCCGGUCCACUACACCAGGCUCAUCCAAUGUUACCGAGGAGAGUGGGGUUGGUGGGGGCCUUUCUCAGACCGGAAGUGCUCAGGAAGACAGCCCACACCCUUCAUCACCAUCUUCCUCAGACAUUGGUGAAGAGGCUGGGAGAUCUGUCGGAGUCCAGCCACCAGCUCUGCUGAGAGAUAGGAGCCUUGGAUCAGCAAUGAAGGACUGUCCUUAUUGUGGGAAAACUUUCCGAACAUCCCACCAUUUAAAGGUGCAUCUGAGAAUACAUACAGGUGAGAAACCCUACAAAUGCCCCCAUUGUGAUUAUGCUGGUACUCAGUCUGCAUCCUUAAAGUACCACUUAGAACGACACCAUCGGGAACGACAAAAUGGUGCUGGGCCACUCUCUGGGCAGCCUCCAAACCAGGAUCAUAAAGAUGAGACAACAAGCAAAGCAUCUCUUUUUAUCAGGCCGGACAUUCUGAGGGGAGCUUUCAAGGGUCUCCCAGGAAUUGAUUUCAGAGGUGGCACUGUCUCUCAGCAAUGGACAUCAGGAAUGCUUUCAUCUGGGGACCAUUCAGGGCAGACUGUAGGCCUAUCUUCUGAGACUUCUUCAGAGACUCUCAAGGGCUCUGACCUACCUUCCAAAGGUACACACUUUUCUGAAAUUGGACGGGCCUAUCAGAGCAUCGUAGGCAAUGGGGUCAACUUCCAAGGCUCUCUGCAAGCCUUCAUGGACAGUUUUGUCUUGAGCUCUUUGAAGAAGGAGAAGGAAGUGAAGGACAAGGCCCUAUCAGAUCCACUUUCCAUGAAAGUCCAUGGACCAGAUGGUGAGGAAAAAAAUAGUGGAAAAUCCUCCCAGAGGAAAUCGGAGAAAUCUCAGUAUGAACCCCUGGAUUUGUCUGUAAGGCCAGAUGCAGCUUCUCUCCCAGGCUCCUCCGUGACCGUUCAAGAUAACAUUGCAUGGCAUGGCUGCUUGUUUUGUUCCUUUACAACUUCAUCAAUGGAGUUGAUGGCCCUUCAUCUCCAGGCCAAUCACUUAGGCAAAACUAGACGCAAAGACAGUGCUUUGGUAGCUACAGGAAAUGGCAAGGACCAAGCCAGGGAAGUGAGCAAAAUUGGCUUGCUCCCUUCUACAGUACAAUCUGGAAAAGAGGUGGGAAUCCCCAAUGUGAUUAGCCACCUAGACUCGACUUCUGAGAAGAUGGCCCAAUGUCAUGGCAAAGAGACUAUGGGAGAACAAAAGAACUCUGCCUGGUCUGGACAUAUGGAUCCACCAUUUUGCAACUUCACUUCAGACUUCUACAAACAAUUUGGUGUUUACCCAGGAGUCAUGGGUUCGGGAGCCUCCUGUGCUACUAGUGAGCCUGAUGGAAAAGUGCAGCUUGAAGAUGACUCAACGAUCCUGCUCCCUGAGUCUGUGAACAAAAAUGCUACUGACGACCUAUCAGAUAUUGCCUCAUCUGAAGACAUGGAAUCUUCCAAGGAGGAAAACAAUGAAGAGGAGGAUAUUGAGACAGAACCCGAAAUAAUGAGCAAACCACUGUCUGUCCUUAACAAGGAUAGCAGCAACGAUGGAGGAGACAGCCUUCCCAACACGGUCGCCUCCCAGCCGGCCCAAGGACUUGUCUCAUCUUUGACCCAAACAUCCGAGAAGCAGUGGCAUGGCCCAAAUCUUCUUCCAUCCCAUGACACCUCCACAGGGGUGAUGAAAGCAGAACAGAUCCCAGGACCGCAGGUCCUAGAGAAGCAGAUGAACAUGUUGUCAGUCCUAAGAGCCUAUAGCUCUGAAGGCUUAGCAGCCUUUAAUGGACUUUCGAGUAGCACAGCAAGUAGUGGAUGUGUCAAGAGACCAGACUUGUGUGGUAAGUUUUAGAAUCCUCUUUCUUGAGUUCCUUUCUCAAAAGAUGAGUGCCAAAUGGUGCAUUAAAAAAUAAAUAAAUAAAUAGGGCAAAAUGUUCGUUAUAGAAUUUGGAAUUAAACAUAGUAACGCUGUAUGUGCAAUUUAGACAAUCAUGCAAUGACUCCAUUUUUAAAAAAGACAUUUUUGAAAUCAUACUGUUUUCCUAUUUGUGUCAUCCAAGUCUAGAGAACCUGUGUGAGGGACACGGAGAAGGGGACCCACAGUAUUGACUGCACAUGUUUUUAACCAUAUUUUGGAGGGAAAAAUUUAUAUAACAAUAAUAAUGAUAAUAAUAAUAAUAAUAAAAAAGACAUGAUAACUUGAAAACUUUUUAGUAUUUCAACUUCUCUCUCAGACUCCUAAGAGAAAUUCUCAAUGCUUUGCUAAGCCAGCCUUGCUUUCUUAAACUUUUCUUGAUGUUGACUUGGAAGAUACUAAAAUCACCUAACACUAACCAAAAUCCAGACCAAGUGACUGCCUGGGCCUCUCUCUAAUUAGGGAGUCAGGAUUUAAGGCUUUUGUGAUUCAGUUUGAAGAAAGCAGAAGGCAAUGGUCUUUAAUUAUCCAGGGCUUAGAUUAUUGUCUGUUGGCAGUUCUAACAGGGGCUAUAUGGCAGUGAGUUGCCUGAUUAGGAGUGUUCCUACAGGUAACUUAAAGGCUAUGAUCCCAUUUAUCCCUGAUUAUUCCUACAUAAUCUAGCCUUUAAACUGGCAUUACACAUUACACUUACACUUCCUCAUAAAGCAUAGUUGCCCCAUGGUGGUUUUUUUCUUUGUUUUGUUUUUAAACAAAGUUGGAGCCAUCUGGAUGGAUAUAAAAUUGGGGGGAAAGCAGGAUGGAGGAAACAGGCUAUUCUGCAAGCAUAGGUAUCCUCAACUCUAAGUAGUUCUGUGAAAAAAACACUUCUCAGACCCUACUUAGUCCCUUUGCAACUACUUGUCCAGUCCAAGAAAAUAAACUAAUGGAGGAAAAAGAGAUGAUGGCAAGUGUUGUAGUGUCUAUAAUCUAGAAAUGGAUUUUAACUGCGAUUUUUCUUUUUCUGAUUUAAAAAAAUAUUAAAGGGAAUCUUUCCAUCAGAGAGAACUUCUGGCCACAGGAGGCUGCUUCCUAUCAUCAAGUAGCAGGCUACAGGAAACAGUAGUCUGGCUGCAUAAAUUGAAUUGAUGUAUUGCUCCUUUCCCUCCCCUUCCCUAAUUCACUGAGAAAGGAAUCGGGUAGUCAGAAAUAUUUUUUUUGAAUUGUCAAAAAUCACUAAAUGGAUUUCUGACAGCUCAAAAAAAUAUUGACAGUUCCUUAUGCCACAUGAUUCACAAAGCCCCAUUAGCCAUACCCCCAGAUCUAUUUUUAGCCAAAUACAAUUCAUUACUUUUGAAGUUGUUAAAAAAAAAUUAUUUAAAAGGGGGGGAAAAAGGAAAGGAGUUAAAUGGUGCUUCUCAAGAAGAAAAGAAAAAAUUGGACUGACUUUUAAGUGUUCUAUUUUUUUUUUAAAGUUUGAGAUUGGGGCUUUUUUUUUAAAGUCUAUUUUCAGUUCUUUUAACUACCUACAUAGGACCAUAGUUACUGCCAGGAAUCCAUGCAUCAGAAAAGAUCAAAAACUGGCAUGUUAGUAAGCUCAUUAUUAUUGAAAUGAGCUCAUAUUACCCCUAUUAAUUUUUCCAUCUUCCUAUCAAUGCAGCAGGAAGACUGCCUGCCUUUGAUGAAGCCCGCCCAAUGGUAUCCUAUUUAACUGGAGGCAUGGGGGGCUGGGGAGCACAGCUCAACAACAUUAGAGAGUCUGUUCCAUUUUGUAAGCUAUUUCCACCGAAGCUGCAAUGUGAGUCCUCCCCACUUCCCUCCCAAAAUAGCAGCUCACGACUCCCAGCUGACAUUUCCAUUGGUAUGUACAAAAACAGUUCUUAAUCAAGCCCUCAGCCAUUGUAGUGUAGCAGCCAUGAUGCGUGCCUACCCCUCUCCACCAAGAAGAGAUUAAUGCUGUUAAACUUGCAAACUUCAUGGGAAUACCUCACUCUUAUUCCAUUCCUUCCCCCCCCCCCAUUAUGGGUACCAUGUCUGUCUUCUCCUGUCCAUAAUCUGGGUUCACCAUAAAACAAUUUUUCUGGAUCUCUAUGGGAUGGGAUAGCUAACCUGGAAGCUGCCUUCCCAUUAGCUUGUCUUCCAUACCUUACUCUGAAAUCUCCUUAUUGGUCCUUCAGAAUCUGUUUUAUAAGGGGACAAACACAAUUGUCUUUAUUCCUGAUCAUGAACAAGUUCUAAGUACAGGACAUCUGUGAAUCCCUGGGAGGAAGAGGUAAAACAUAACAAAACAAAAACAGACAAACAAAAAACAGCAGCCUUUUUACUCAAACUCUCUCUGUAGUUUGCUUUUCUGCCCUGACUUUUCCUAGAACACAUUUGAUUGUUUCAAGGAGUCAAAACACACACACAUAUUGCUCCUUGACAUUCUAAAUGUAAUUAACAUUAACACUGUAAUUAAAUGUCCUUGGGUGAUCAUUUCCCUCUACUUCUCUGUCCUGACCUGAGAUAGAUAGGUAUUUCAAAGUUAGGUCUGUCUAAAUCCAACUUCAUUCAAGUCACAGGUUAAAGUCUAAAAUGGUAUCUCUGCACUCAAAUCAGAAUAGAAUAAUGAGUCUAUGAUUGAAAUAAGUGAAAGGUGAAAUUCAGAGAAAAAAAGAUGACAUUCAGGCCCUAAGAUAAAUCCCUCCCCCAUAAAUUUGCAUACGUAGAUCCAUGUUUGUAGGAGUGAGGUUACCAUAUUGUUGUGUUUGGGAGUUUUGUUGUUAUUUUUUUCCUGAAGGGAAUCUCUGUUUUCUUUGUCUCAUAGAAACAUAUGGAAGAAAUAUCUAUCUCAUAGCUAACCCAGCAGAUAGUAGUCAGCUCACCAAAAAGUUCAGCAGAUCACCUAAUAUUUCCCAGUAGAUAGAACCUCAUAUAAUUCUGAGAACCUGUAAGUUGUUAAAUAGUACCUAUGUUUAGACCAUGUUUGAUAUAGUAAGACAGAUUUCUCAUACCUGAAGUCUUAUUUUUUUUGCUAGAUCUAUGAUUUUGUUUAUGUAGGCAUUAACUCUCUGAAACAAUUCAAAUCAGCAGCUGCUCUGUAAUUUAGCCUUAGAGGGGGUACUCAGGGGUUAAGUAAUUUAUCUGGUAUCACCCAGCUGGCAUAUGAAAAAGUGGGGAAUGAACAUAGGGUGUGAAGCCCAUUCUCUACAGCUUCACAUCUAACUUUUUUUAAGUAUUACUUAAUAUCUUUCAAGUAUUGGACCUGGGAGGCAAUGCUAAUUUGUACACCUGGAAUUAUAAGAAUAGCCUAUAAAUUUCUUCCUAAUUAUUAAACUAGAAAGAAAGAGGGUGGCAGCAUAGUUGGAAGUCCUGAGUUCAAGCUCUGCCACUGAGAGAUAUCCUUUGGUUGACUACAUACAAGUUAUUUAACUUUCUAAUGUCUCAUUCAACUCUCCAAGACUAUAUAAAAACAAAUUGCUGUUCUUCAUUGGUGGAAGGAGUUUCCCACAUUGAUUAAUUCAGAGGUCCAGAGAAAAUAAGUAGAUAUUUUCAAAUUUAAAAAAUGAAGAAAGAGAAACAAGAGAGAAACAAAAUCGACACCUUCAUUUCAUUGGUGGAGAGUACAGAUUUUUUUUUAUGGUGGCACUUAUAUAACCUACACAUUUUUUAACUUGUAAUGCACAAACUUUGAUAUCAAAGAGCCAAUGUAGGAAUUUUCAAAUAUAUUAUCUUUUUACCCAAGAAAUUGUAGUUUCAAGAUAGCUUGGCAGAUACGAGAUACUUUUGAAGGGUCUAGAGGGACAAAUAGCACUAUUUGAAGAGCCAUUUUAGAUGAAGUUGGAUGACACAACUUUAUUUUGUUAGUAUAGGUCAAAUCUCCUUACUAGUUAAAUCCCAUUUUGCCUUAUUCCACCACCAUAAAAUAUCAGCUUAAUGAAGAGAUUUCCAAGUUCCAGCAGAUGGCCUAUUGGCUUUGAAGAGCCAUCUUUACAAAGGAACUCCAGUAUCAGCAAAAAAAUUGGAUGUGCCCUUGAAGCUUUCUGUGAGAGGAUGUUUGACCUUUACUUAACAUUUGGAUCAAGACAGAAACCCUACAGCUACUUGUUAGAGCAGGACCAGUAUUUACACAGUGGGAUAGUGUCUUGGCCAGCAAAUUAUUUGACUCAAGCAAGAACUAGAAAGAGAACUUACUUUCCAAAUAGGUGGAACUUGGCCCUGUGCUGUCCAAUAUUAUUGAUCAAAUAACUCAGUAGAUGGGAGAGAUGGAUGUGUUUAGGGAUAACAUAGAACUAGGAGGGAUAAUUAAUAUGUUGGGUUAGAGAAUCAGAAUGCAAAAAAAGUCUCAGUCUUUGCAGUCAGGGGCCAUGUAUGAUAUGAAGGGCCAUAGUUGAAUAUGAAUUUUCAUCAAGUCCGACUUGUGUUAAAAAUAUCCUAUAAAUAUAGAAGAGGAGAUAUAAUGAGAAUAGUUUAUGUAAAAAGUUCAGCGGGCUUCAAAUACAAUACAAGUUAACAAUACAACAUGGCAGUUUAAUACUAAUGAAAUGAUUAGGCUUCAUAUACUGAUGCAUAGUGUCCAGAAUGAUGGGGUCCCCCAUUAUGUUCUGUCCUAUUAGAACACAUCUGGAAUAAUAUGUGCAGUUAUGGAUAUCACAUUCAGGAUUAUUAUUGAUAAGCAGGCCCCUUUCAGAAGAAAGGUGUGAUUUGGGAUGGUGAGUAAGAAGUUUGGAAAUCAUGACAUGAAAAUUCUUUGAAGGAACAAGGAAUAGAGGAGACUUAAAAGGAAAAUGUUUUGCUAUCUUCAAGUAUUUGGUGGACUGUCAUGGAGGACAAAAUUAUUAGAUUUGUUUUGCAUAAUUCUCAGAUCAUUGAUCUGAAGUUGCUGAGGCAGAUUCUGGCUCCAUGUAAGAAAAGACUUCCUCUCCAUUAGAGAUACCCCAAAGUGGAAUGAGCUAACUCAGAGAUUAUAAGUUAUACCAGAUGGAAGUUGGAAAACAACUUAUUCAGAUGUUGUAGAGUGAGCUUUUUAGGUAAGGUAGGAAGAGAUCUCAGAGAUCCUUUCACAGAUAGAUGCCCCCCUGAGAUUCCACAAUCUAUUUUACACUUCUCUGACACCAAGAGGCUCUCCUGGAAAUUUUACACUAGCCACCAGAAAAGGAAUGUUCUGUUUUGUUUACUCAAAUAUAUCUAGACUUUUCAAAGGCUGGUAUGAGACGUGACUGCAGGACACUGGGUUUGUAAAUACAUCAAAGCACACACUUUAUCAGAAAAUGCUUCCCUCUCUGGAUUAUCUGUCUUUGAGGAGAUGCCAGGCAAUGCCUUGUCCUGCACUUUAGGUACAGAAGUUUAGUUGGUUGCUUGGGCUUUAGGAUUGCCACAGGUAGUUCUGUCUCUCUCCUCUGAUAUCAGACUUAACUUUUGCUCUCAUGUAUCUUAGGUUUUCUCUGCAAAUCCAAAGAGCGAGGUUGAUAGAAAACCCCUUAGAGCAUGUUGAAUAGAAAAUAAGUUGACUACCACAUUUCUCCUUGACCCUUAGAGUCUCCAUUAUAAAACCAGACAGAUGCUGCUCACCUCUCCCUCUCCCUCUUUCCAAAAAAUCAAGGUGUUAUAUAGGUCAAAAUGCACACAUAUAUACAUGUCUCUAGGAACAUUUAUUUAUAUACAUGUGUUAUAUAUAAACAUAUACAUGUUUGUCACAAAACCCAGCAUUAGUCUGAAAGAUAAUAUACCAUUAGAUAGUAUGUCAAAUCAGGUAUUUCAAUCCUCAGAAAGACCUAGUAAGAAACUUAGGCUUAAUAAUUAUUGAGGUUAAUACUAAUUGCUGAGCUCUAUUUCUAUAAAUUGCACCCUUUAAACUGUUUUGUAGAAAAGUCAUUUUGCAAAAGAAUGAGAAAAUUUGAGAAAACUCCCCCCUGUAACAACCUCAAGAAAAAGGAGCAUUUUCUCUCCAGUGGGACCUCCUAAAAUGGAGGAGAUUUGGUUUGAGGUGACUAGAUUAUAUCAUAAGGAUUUGGGGGGAGGGGGCAGUGUGAAAGUCCCCAGUUUAGCUUCUAUGAACUAGAAGUACAGGGUAGUAUAUGUCCUUGUGGUUGCCCUCAGGCUCAGAAUGAGUACAGGAGCCCAGCAGAGACUCAUAUGGGAGCAGCAGCAAGAGAGAGCAAGACUGGGCAGUGACUGAAGCAAUGAAGUUUCUGUCUACUACAGUGGGGAACAAGUAAAAGAGAAGGAAAAGUCACAGAAGAGAUACUAUAUUGUACAAUAAAAGAGCUGUGGGGAUCAUUGAGAAUUCAUCUAGAUCUCCUUUUAUUUAUAGGUAGAGUAGACAGACAUCUGCAUCUUUUAGGGUCUCCAAAUGGCUACAGUAUUUUAAAACUUUAGGAAAGCCAUUCUACAGGAACCCUUAAUGACGUCCUUAGGCUUCACUAAUUUCCAGUGCCAGGAAAUAUAAGCUUCUGUAUUCACACCACAGCCAAAAGGCAUCAAGUUAUGGCAGAAAGACCAAUGGGUUAGUAUUCAGGGAUCUAGAUUCUUGUCUAAGUUCUAUUUCUAAUUUGAUAUGUGACCUAAGAUAAGUAGCAGUAUUUCCUGGCCUCAGCUUCCUCAAUUCCUAAAAUAGAUUUAAUAUUAUCUUACCUACUCUCAAAAGAAUAGUAUGAGAAUAAAAUGGGGAAAGAGAUAUUAAAGUACUUUUUAAAAAUUAGUGUUGAAAUAUCAGUAGGCAUCAUUGUACUUUUCAAUUUGGAUCCUCGAAUUUCCACUCAACUUCAAAUGAAGCCAUCUCCCCAACUUGGAGAGACAUUCUUGGGUGGAAGGUUAGUACAAAGUAAAUCAAGUCAGAUGGUCAACACAUCUCUUAAUAGUAAUGAACCUUUUCAUCUCUAUAGGCACAUCACUAUAACUAUAGGACCACUGGGAGCUUUGACAAUGAAUUAAAAGGAGAGGGAUAUGUCAUAUUUCCUCUUUCAAACUUUUUGACCCUAGUGUCCAUCAGGCUAGGUUACUGGUGAAUUGAGAUUGGCCUGAGAAAGUUAGUUUUGAAAAUAAUCCUAUUGAUUCUAUUAUGAUUAUACCAAAUUAUUAGUAUUGCCUAAUAGCAGUGGAGGUAGGAAAGUGGUAAUUAUGUGCAGUAAAAAAAGACUCCAGUGUAGCUUUUACCAGAAAAUGGUGAAUUUCUUAUCAUAAAUUAGAGGCUUUUAGCAGUGAUCUGGCAAUUGUAAGUGAAAGCACUUAAAAAUGAUAAAAGGCUAAACAAAUAUAAGGUACUAUCAUUUUCUUUGGGGUGAUCAUUAGGAUAAUCCUGGGUUCAAGGAUGAUACAGUAAACAUGGACCAUUCUGAAGCAGAACAUUGGGUAGGAUGGGAAGAUUGAAAUCAAAAUUGAUUGAGAUGUCCCAGGCAAAAUCAAAUAAAAACAACAGAAGUCAAUUAAGUCAUGACUUUGGGACAUAGCAGAAGUGUACUGUAUAGGACUCUGGCCUUUCUCGAGUGCAUGUCAAUACUUUGAGAGACAGCAAUAAUGAAUUGAGUUUACUUCAAGACAGGAAAGCCUGAGUUCAAGUCUUGCCCCCGACACAUUCUGUCUUAUGUAACCCCGAAUAAGUCAUUGAACCAUUUAUGUCUCCAGAGAACUCUCUAAGCCUAUGAGUUGGCUGUAAUAAUUGAGAGAAUUUCCUCCCCAGGUGUUUCUUAUUCCAAUGAAAUCACAGAUCUAGUAAAAAAAAAAAAGAAUAUUAAUACCUUGAAUCAUUCUUUUAGUUAGAUGGGCCAUUUAGAACCAUGGCUGUGCCGAAUCCCAAACCUCAGGAUAUGGAAUUGCUUUUGAAUGGUACCUAUCAUGAAAUCUGUAUUUGACAAUUUAACUAUUAACUCUAAUCAGAGCUGUUGGUGUCAAGUCAGCAUGGUCACUAGGCUUUGAAUUUACACAUCCUGGCCCUGGAUUAGCUGCACAUGAGGCAAAUGGAUUCUGCCUCAAUAUCAAGCAGCUGCUGACUAUUUGGAGUUUGCUCUCAUGCACUCUUUCUCAUAAGUCUCACAAUACAGCUGGCAUGAUGGUACCACCUGACCCUUCCAUCUCUAGGCAGAAGCCUUACAAAAGGUUGCCCUUUCUUUUCCUUUUUCAUUCUCAUGGGCAUCAGUGAAGGUGGCUUUCUCUUGACUUGAUCCCCUGACAAGAUGCUCAGUUCUGGACAGGAUUCCAUUUGCUUCCUUCCUCCUUUUGCUUCUUUAUCCCCAUUGAGGUAGAGGCUGUAUCUCGUGUAGUGACAUUAAACCAAACUCCUAUGGCAUUUUUGUCUCCUCCUCCUCCUUGAUUAUUAUUAUUGUUUUUUAAUUAAAAGGGAAUGCCACUGAUGUGAUGUCAUUUGCACCACAGGAUAACAGGACUGUUGUGUGAAUCUCAUUGUGUUUGCCAAAUGGUCCACCAGUCAUUUCAGAACAAACAAAUGGAUGGUGGCUGUAAGUCUGCAAACACUGGUGACAUUUAGCUGUGUUUAUGUUCCUUUCUUUUUGCUGCAUAUUUUUGGCUCAAAAAACUACUAUCUCAAUCCACAGAGUUUCUUAAUCGGGAGCAAAGUCUAUAUAGCUUUAACUGAGGGAAGUAAGUCCUUGGAUGCCAUCACACCCUCCCACCUAGUAACCAGUCGAGGUUACGGGGAAAGAGGAGGGACAUCAUCAGUUUUUAGACUCUCAGUUUUUAAACAUCGUAGCAGAGGAGGGAGACAGGUGUUUGUUAGAGCCAACAUCUCACUGCUUGAGGGAAUGCCGACUCUCAGACUAGGUCAGCUCUCCCAUACUCAUCAGAAACAAAUAUUUCCCCAGCUCCCUAAUAGGGUUGCUUGGCCUUUCUCUCCUUUGUAACUGUUUUUGUUUGUUUGUUUGUUGUUUUUAGUCUUUGCCAACUCCAAAUGAUGAUUUGAAUUGAGAGCCCUCUAGAUAUAUGCUGAGUCUUAGCUGCUGAAAGAUACAUUUUUCCCAGCCUCUAUUUGUAAAGCCCAGGUUUCAUAUAAACAGUAAUUAUCUGCUAUUACUUGGAUCUGAUAGACAGUACCUCUAUAUCUAAUUACCAACCUGCUCUAAUAAUUCAGCCCAUUCUUGCUUUAGCCAGGAAUUGAAGGACCAAAUUUAUAAAUAUUGCUUUAUCAUCUCUUGCAUUAAACAAUUAGAAAUUGUGGUGUUAGCCUAGCUCUCAAAUGUAUCUAGCUAGCUAGGAAUUAUUUCAGGAUUGUUUAAUAAAUCUGCCCAUUUUCUUGCAGGUAAGUGACCCCCAGUUCUAUUCGGUAUAUCUGGAGUUGCUAUUGCCCUCCCAUUCUCCUCGAUGAUUACCUGCAGCUUGUUAAUUAUGUAAAGCCAAGAGAAGAAUGUAUACACAUAUGUGUGUUUAAUAAAUAAUGACUAUUGGCACAGGUAUGUGUAUACACAAGGCACACCAACCUACAAUAUCUAUAACAAAUAACCACGGAUGGCUAAAAAUACUGGCCCAUAUGUUCAUCUAUUAGUCAUGGAUUUUGAAGGAUUAGUCACUCAAAUUUGAAGGAAAAUUCUCAGUAAAAAUUUAGGUCCCAAGGGACAAAUCCUUGUGAAAUGGAGCCCCACCCCCAUCUGUUUACAUGUCCAUUCACCUGUGGGAAAACCUAAUCUCGGAAUAAAUACACACACAUACAUACACAUACAUGCACAAACACAAAAAUACACAUACACACAUCCUUAAUGGCGCUGUACUGCCUCAAUCAUGCACUCAACAGGAUAUGUCCACAACAAGUGUGCUCAUGUGCGCGUGUAAGUGGGUGUUGCUUGUACAUUCACUACAGGUCUCUAAAGAUUUGGCCCCAAGAUUUUUUUUUUUUUGCUGCUGCUUGAGUGUCUAAUUGUCCUGUAUUUUGUAACUCUUUAGAAGAAUACAGAAAAGUGCAGUCUUUAUCUUUCUUCAUAUUCUUUAAGCAGUAAUAUUGCUAGUUUAAUAUUGUGUCAGGUCCUAAUAUGAACCAGGAGGAGAUGACAGUAGAAUUCAGUGAACAGCACCUUGACAUCCACAAUUUAAAAAAUGGUGAUUGAAGCGAACUGUGUAAACUUGUACUGGGUUAUCGUGUGCUUUGGAAUAGAGUAUUGUUGAAGUAAUUAGAAAAUAUAUUAAGGUUUUCCUGGUAAUGAAGGCAUGUAAGUUAUAAUAAUUGUAGCUUUCUGAAUAAGUGUCAAACUAUAUCUUUAAAUGUGCUGUACGUGGAGUUACAAGUUAGGUCACCUAUGAAUGGAAUGUAAAACAAUACAAAAACUGCUUCAAUAACUUAUCUUGGUAUUGCUAAUAAAAAAAAAGCUGUGAAACAUUA